CUGCCGCCUUCGCGCUUCAACAGAGGAGCGUUCGAGUGGCUAACGUCGAACUUCUUUGCGACGACCAUGGAUGCGCAAGCUCAGGAGAUUGCGUUUCUACAGGCAACAUAUUUAAACAACUACUGCCAGUUGUCGAUAACAGCUCUCGUAAUCUUCGAACAUGUCAUCACGAUAUCCAAGGAAACGCAUCUGCUACACACCCGCAAGUAUUCUGGGGCGGUAUUGCUGUUUCUGCUCAAUCGCUAUUUGCUCCUCCUAUUCGGAGCGGAAAACCUUAUCUAUGUCUUUUCAUGGGAUACGCGUAUGGGUUGCGAAGCGAUGUCCGUGCUAUAUGACGUCUUACAACUAAUGCUGUAUGCCUUGACAGCUGCGUUCGCAGCGUUGCGAGUCUAUGCUAUCAAUGGCCAAAGGGCCAUGGUCGCGAUCAUUGUCCUCGUUCUUGGGCUAGCUCCUGUAAUCGCAGGCAUUUACAACCUCUCCCAGACGUCCUACGAUGACGUGGUAUGGGUCGGUCCUUAUCCUGAAUGUGGGAACUACAACAGUAUAUCUGAUCGUGGAUGGGAAGAAAUGGUCACAAUGUCCCGUGCCUUUCCAAUCAUUGCCGACCUCAUCGUCAUAAUGAUAACCUGCAUGAGGACAUGGCCAAUCAUGACAGCCGCGAGGCAGGCCGGUAUGACCCCGGCAUUGGUUACGCUUCUGCUAAAUGAUGGAAUCGUCUACUUCCUGUUGCUCGCCUCGCUGAAUGCCAUACAUAUAGCAUUAUCAUUGUCAGAGGGGCCAUUCUUCAGUGUCGUCUCGGAGUUUAUCACAAUGUUCCCCUCUAUCCUGAUAUCCCGAUUCCUGAUGAACCUUCAAAACAUCAAAACCUCCGCACAUUGCGACACAGAUCCGUCAUUCGUACAACGCGAAGGCGCAGUAGAGAGGGAUCCGAGUCAUGACAUCCUACGAUUCGAUAUUGUCGGGUGUAUGGGUGGUUCGACGGAUGACGGCGGACUUUCCGCGUUGUUCUCAACGACUCUACUCGAUAGUGAGGCGGAAGUGUGGCAAAGCUAUGAUGAGCAGGGGUCACAGCAAGAUGACAGCCAGGACAAUAUUGUGGAAGAAUCGCUGCCGGUGGCUGUCUCCAGUUCAUGUUGAAUAGUUUCCGGACUUGUCUGCCUGCUCCUCUAUCGUACCUGCGCGGCAGCACUAACUAACUUAGCUAUACUUAGACUAAUAGAUCCACGUGGGGUAAUAACCGGCAACCUGGUCAAGAACAGAGUGUCAAAUCGUUGGUACGAGCGACGCUUGCCGGCUAGUAUGGUAUGCAACGGAGACUAGGUACGAGCCUGAGGGUACGAGUCGGCGAAGUGACGGUCCGUCAAACGCGGUUAGGUCCUGC